AUGCGUUAUCAACUGGGAUGGUUUCUUCUACUGUCCAGUGCGCUGUACACGGUGGGUGAAACCGUGGGAGUGAAUCGUUUAGUGUGUGGAAGACGUAAGGUGAGAUCCGUUUACCUCAUCCAUAAUGGCAUCGAUGCAAGAGCCGGACACUGGCCAUGGCAUGCGACCGUUUUUCAACGGAAGAACGGUGGAGAAGACUACAGCUGUGGAGCUACCAUCAUCGACAUAGACACAAUUCUUACGUCUGCUCAUUACGUUUUUCUGGGGAAUAAAUUGCUACCAGCAAACCAAAUCUCGGUGCAUGUGGGACGCAUUCAGCUUUCAGAAUCGAACGAAUACACACAUGUCCACCAAGUGCGGGAAAUUAUAGCGCAUCCAGGAUUCAAAUCAAGAAGAUUUGUGCACGACAUCGCACUGAUCAAGCUCACCACAAACAUUACGAUGACAAAGUUCGUGCAGCCGGUGUGUCUGUGGACGAUGGACAGCGAUCAGGAGUUGAUCGUGGGUAGGAACGGUACCGUGCUCGGGUUCGGCCUGACAGAGCAGAAUGCUGUGGCGGAGCAGCUGAAACAGGCACGGGUUGGCGUUGUGGAUACGUUGACCUGCAUCGAAAACGAUCGGGCAGCAUUCGGCACGCAACUUACGCAGGAGAUGUUUUGCGCUGGAGGAGAGCAAGGAGUGAGCGCAUGCAAUGGUGAUAGUGGUGGGGGUUUAUUUUUAGAAAUCGGAGGCAAAUGGUUCAUACGGGGCAUAGUCUCGUUUAUACCAACACACAGAAAAACGGGCCUUUGCGACACCUCCAAGUAUACAGCCUUCACCGAUGUGGCGAAGUACAUGGGAUGGAUCGAACAGUACAUCAAUGGGAACGUGUUAGUGUUCGACACGGACGACUAUGAUGUGGAUUACGAGGAAAAGCUACAUCUGUUUAAUCUGAGCACGUGUGGCAUAACCGCCACCAGCUUUUGGGCCGACGAGUCACGAUCGACUCUGCCCUGGUUGGGAAAUGUCAUCGUAUAUCCCUCUACCUACAGCAAGUGUAUCGUUACGCUUGUGAGCGAAUGGUACGCUAUUGGGCCCGCGAGUUGCUUAGAAAGCGCAGGUAGCGAGCUGCGUGUUAGAAUAGGUGACUAUCAACAGCUGGAAACGAGCAAGUGCUUCGAGCGUAAUGGAACGACGGUGUGUGCGACUCCUUCGCAAACUCUUCAGAUCCACAGAAUAAUCAUCCAUCCCAGGUACAACAGAAACCAAUUCACGGACAACAUAGCGCUGAUUGAGCUGCUAACGCCAGUAGACACCACGAAGCCAAACGCGAAACCCAUCUGUGUGCCGAUCGUGAAGGAGCUAUACACCAACCUAACGACCAUCCUGUCGGUUGCCAGCUAUUCGUCGAAAAAUCGCUCGUUCGAGGGUAAAGCCGUACACUAUUUGAACGCAACACACUGCUCAACUGUCUACUCGGCAAAAGGACUGAAACUGAGCAUAGAUGGCAAACGAAUUUGUGGGGUAUUAUCACGUGAAGAUGAAAGCGACUGUGUCGCACUCAAGUCGGGCGUGCCUCUGCAAGAGCUGGUUACCUUCGGUGCAGACGAACGGUAUGUCCUGCGUGGAUUGGAUGGGUUCGGUCUAUCUUGCGGAGAAGAAUUGCCACCGACUGUCUACAUUAAUUUGUAUGCCUAUCUCGACUGGAUGCUGUAUAACAUGCGAUCCAACAAGCUAGACGAGACGGCCGCAGAUUUCACGAUUGAGUCGAAAUGGAAGAAACUACAACAGCAGGAAGGGAACGAAAAGCUCCGGCUCUUUGAUAUGGAUUCUUGCGGUGAGAGCUUAACCAUUCAAGGCAAUGCCCGGUCGAUUAGUUAUAUGCCGGGGAUUGGAUCACUAGAAGGAGUUGAAGAUGUGUUUAAAUCGCCGAGGAGGUUGCAAAGCAAAAUAGUACUCAUCAGCGAGUGGUAUGCAUUGGCUCCGGCUCAUAUAUUCAACAAAACAGUAUCAUGGCGCUCAAUUACUCUUGGCUAUCACGAUGUGAUUUUGGAGUUGCGUUGCAGGAUUUUAGAGUGUGAUCCUCCGUACCAGCAGAUAGAAAUCAAACAGGUUAUCUUCCAUCCGGACUACGAUGGGACACUGCAUUUGAAUAACAUUGCUCUGAUCGAGCUGCUGGAGCCCGCUAACACGACAAAGCCAUUCAUCAGCCCCAUCUGUAUGCCGCUGAUGGAAGAUUUUCGCAAAAGCACACCGUUGGAGUACGGACUGGCAACCAGUAUUUUGGACACUAGAAGAAUGCUCCGCUUGGGCCCACUAAACUGUCAGGCACGGCUCAUCCAUCAGGGACGAUUCGUUUCCAAUUCUGAAGUUCCAUUAUGCGCGGAGGAUUACGGGAGAGGUCUUAAACCGUUCGUUGAACAUGAAGGAUCUGCAUUGCAAGCACUUUCGUUUUUUGCGGACCAGAAACGAUUCUUCCUUAGCGGGCUGAGCUUUCUUUUGGAGACUGAAAGUUCAGAAAAUGAAAAGUUACCGUACUUCUUUACUGACAUUAACUUGUACCUGGACUGGAUUUUGGAAAACAUGAACAGCGGAGCAGAUCGUAAUAACUCACUCAACGACUGGACGUCCCAACCAAGUCGAUUAAUUCGUUUGCCAGUGCGAGACGUGUCCAAGAGGAGACUAUUCAAUUUCAAAACUUGCGGUUUAUUUUCAAAUAAUUCUGCCGAACCAUGGAUUGGGUUCGUGGAAGCAUGGGAUUCAACGGCGCAGUCAUACCAAUUUACAGGUUGUGCCGUCACGCUUAUCAGCAAUUGGUAUGCCGUGGGACCUGCGCGUUGUCUAAACCAUGAAGUAGAGCGGUCGUUCGUUCAGUUCGGAGGUUACAAGAAAUUAACACAAGCGGAGUGUACCGGUGAGUUAUGUAGACCUCCAACACAGACGAUUCCGAUCGGGAAGAUCAUCCUGCAUCCUGACUACACCCCUACCAUCAACCAUGACAACAACAAUAUUGCGCUGGUGCAGCUUGCAACACCAGCAGACUUUUCGCAAGAUAACGUACAACCCAUCUGCUUGCCAGUCAUAGACGAGAUAAGGAGUUAUGAUGUAUCGAGCAUGAGGUUGGGUUCGUUUGCUGCACUGUUGGAUAGAUCCUUGAUCACGGCAGAGGUAGGAGAUAAGUACAUCAAUCCUACCGAAUGUCAAAAGCGAUGGGAUAGAUUAGCUUUGAAUGUUCCGAUACAGCACUCAAAGCUGUGUAUCCUUAGAAUAGAAGGUCUCGAUUGUUUCGGCAUAGGGCAAGGGUUCCCACUUCAUACGACACAGGAAUUAUUGGGAACAGAACGACGCUUUCUGCGUGGCGUAAUGACCUAUAAACCUGGAGGCUGUGACGCUUACCAUCCUCUAAUCUAUAGUGAUGUUGAUGUUUAUCUUGAUUGGAUAUUGGCGAAUAUGGAUGUGACGUUGAAUGUGCUGGGACCGGCAAACAACUUAACAGAAUAUCUGAUAUUUGUCUAA